CCCGUGAGACGUGCGCAUGGACUCUCUUCUGAGGGUUGGUGCGCACAGGCCCCAGCGGAGGGGGCGGGGAGCUCUCCAGGUGCGGAGGAUCACCUGGGAAAAUGGGGAGAGGAGGAACUGGCUCUCGAACCACAAGCAAGGCGGAUUACCUAGGUAUGAAGUCGAGCUUGUCAUGAGGUCCUAUGAGGCACCGGCCCGGGCCACGGAGGGCGGCACUCUGUGAUCCGGGGGGGAGCGUCCCGUGAGACGUGCGCAUGGACUCUCUUCGGAGGGUUGGUGCGCACAGGCCCCAGCGGAGGGGGCGGGGAGCUCUCCAGGUGCGGAGGAUCACCUGGUAAAAUGAAGGGAGAUGGCACGGUGGGGGGAGAUGCCCUGGCCAAAACGAAAAAGGUGGCGAGAAAGGCAGGGCCGGCUCUGGCUAAGAUUCAAUGCAGAGCACCGAUCAUUCGAGGAGUCGAAAGGGCA